AUCUCGAUCUGUUAUGGACGGAUUGAGAGGCAGCCCGAUAUGGGAUACGGACCGCGCGAAGAAAAUACGACUUACGCCAUCUGCUGAGCCUCAAUCUUGUUUCUUACAGCACAUCUUCUUUGGCAUUUGGCGUCUUCUUGUACCAGACCUUCCUUGGGCGGAUCCGGUAACGAGGAGCAUAAAAGCGGGACGGGGAGGAGAAAACAUCCCCUUCGACAUCGCCUCCGCCUGAUAUUUGUCACCGCGCUGUGUUAAUGACAACGCCUACCCUGAGUGCCACGCGGAGCACGAGCACGCCCUCUAAGAGCUUCAGCCUCCGUCCCGUGUCCACCUCUACUCCGCCCUCGCCCACCGGCACUAACUCUUCUCCGACCACGACAAACGCGACAACAGUGACAACACCCAUCUCCCCCGCCAACACAGCAAAUACCAGACGUCUUCGCGAGCUUGAUAUUCCGCCCAUGGCUGCUCACUCUCGGGCCCAUUCCGUCGAUAGUCCACAGCUUUCUUCGCCCCGCGCCUCAUCUCACCCUGGGCGACCACGCGGCCUUACAGGUCACGACCUCAUGGCUCUCUUCCCUCCCCAAGCACCCUCACUAGACGAACUCCGACCCGGCCCGACGAGUGGGUGGUUUGCUCGGCAAGAGCGGGCCUUCUUUGCCCGGGGGACCAUCGGCUUUGGAAACCCCACUGGCGAAGAUGAGUAUGCGGGACCGAGCGCAGGAAAAAGACGCGCGGAGAGGCCCAACAGCAGCGCAGCUGGCGGGCGAGAUCGAGAGCGCGUUGCGUUACCUCCGUUCCCCCUUCCGCCUCAUCCGCAGCCUGGUGCAGGGCCUGGCCAUCAUCUCCCGGCGCACCAGGCGCGCCAGUCGCAUGCAUCGCCCCGGCUUCCACCGCCUGACGUACCCCCGUCCGCAUCGUCUCCAUCGCACCCCAUAGCCGAGGACAUGGACUCUGACGAUGCGUGGCGGCGACCCAUGGCAUUGAACGAGCGCAGGAGGUCCGGGAAACAUACUCGGCGGGUCGUCGUACAUCGGGCGUAGCGAUUCUGGUGUCGCCAAUGCCGGCUCGAUGCUGCUCGCGGCUUCCUCACUACUCUCAAGUAGGCCGCUUUGACGUGACUACUCCACUUUCUCUCCGUCACCGUUGCCGUUCUCCCCGUUUUACGACCGCUACAGCCCUGCCGCUUCCUUUGCUUCCCUUCUCGCUAUCCUCAUCUCUACUUGCACGGUACAUAUACGCAUAAUCACAGCACAAAUGUAGCAUUAUCGAGCCAUCCCCUUUUGUCCGUCCGUGUUACGUAUGUCGGUCACUGGCCUUACGACCCUCCGCGCACAGUGAACUCACGAAUGUAAGACGUCAAGCCCAGUGUUUUG